CUUCCUUCUGGGCUUUCAUCUCUCUCUCCACUUUCCCUCCAACACAUUCUCUCUCUCUCUCUCUCUCUCUCUCUCUCUCUCUCUCUCAGAUGCAAUGGAGGCCUGCGGAGAAGAUGCAAGUCGUUCAUUCCAACAAGCCCUAUCUCAAAUUAAGACGGAGCCUCAAUCUCUAAAUCAAUACCACCCCUUCACCUUCUCCUCCUUCCGCACACCUCAUCCUUUCGCUUUCAUUCCUCUCUCCAACGCCUCCACUAAUUCCUCCUCCGCCCCUUUUUCUAAUUUUCCGUUGAAGCAAGCCAAUGAGAAUGGUAAUUGCAAGGCUAAUGCUAGAGCACAGGCAAUUAUUCAAAGGUGUAGCAAAGCAGAAGCAGUUGACAGUGCUGUGCUUGGACCGGAGUCUUGCACGGGUGCCAAUCCGUACAGUAAACGAAAAAUUGCACGACAUAGCAAAUCAGGGACUCAAGUUUCAAAUCCAGACCCUCCUGAUGGACUGAAUGCAGCUAUUGCUUGCCGUUAUGACAGUUCUUUAGGAUUGUUAACGAAGAAAUUCAUUAAGUUGAUUAAGGAGGCAAGUGAUGGAACCCUGGAUUUGAACAAGACAGCUGAUCUGUUGGCAGUCCAAAAGAGGAGAAUAUAUGACAUUACAAAUGUUCUUGAAGGGAUAGGAUUGAUUGAGAAAACUACAAAGAACCAUAUACGCUGGAAGGACUAUGAAAUGCUGGCACGUAGUGAGGUGGAAAAUCAGAUUAAUGCAUUGAAGGCUGAAGUUGAAAGCUUAUAUGCCGAAGAAUGCAGGCUUGAUGACUGCAUAAGGGAAAAGCAAGAUUUUUUGAGCACCUUGGAAUUUGAUGAAAAUUGUCAAAAGUCUGUCUUUUUGACAGAGGAAGAUAUCGUGAGCCUGCCUUGUUUCAAGAAUCAAACCCUUAUUGCAAUAAAAGCUCCGCAUGGUAGUUCCCUGGAAGUACCGGAUCCUGAUGAGGACAUCAGUUACCCAGAAAAGCAGUUUAGACUUAUUGUCAGAAGCACCACAGGGCCAAUUGAUGUGUAUCUGCUCAGUAAACAUGAAGGGCAAGAUGACGACGCAAAUGUUAAGCAGGCUAACUCAAGACAAAGUGUUGACAAUACAAAACUAGCUUCAGACUGCCCAAACAAUCAUACAAUGCUUUCUGAUACGUUGAGUUCAAUAGGCUCAGGGAUUCAGAAAAUUGUUUCACCAGACAUCGAUAUUGAUGAUGAUUAUUGGUUCCUAUCAGAUCAUGAAGUAAGCGCUACCGACUUGUGGGGUAUGCGAUAACCUUUAGCUGAUGCUAAUGCAGGGAGUUUUGAUUCCUCUCCCCAGUGUCAGGCAAAACCGUUUUCUUUCUUUUUUCAUUCUUUGUUACUCACAGCAAUACAAUAAACUAGAUAGAUACAAGAAGUUUGUAGUCGGUGAUGACCAUAGGCUUCUCCUUGGCAUUUUAAGUUAAAAUUCUUGUAAAUACAUACAAGAAGUUUCAUAGAACUACAAAAGCCGGUUGUAACCUAAUGUAGCUGCCAGCUGGGUUUGAUCCGAAGCAUUCUGCAGUUCUUCCCCUUAAACUAGGCUAGAGACUUAGAGUGGGAUUUUCCCCUGUAAAAAUUUACAGCUUCAUAUGAGUACUGAGUUCUUUUUUCCCUUA